CAUGACUGAAAUAAUUUAUAGAAGAAAUGUAUUUAUCCAAUAUGUUUCAAAGGUUGUGAAUCAAAGCUUUACACACUUGAACCAUGAUGAAUGGAGAAGGACCAAGUGUGCCUAUCACAACCCUUGCUGGAAUUCAGAGUUUGACAGAUUUAUUGUUAGAAUUACCUUUGCCUACUCCAUUACCAGGAUCAACUGGAAGUCGGAGUCUUUUGAGUCACUUAAGAGAUUCAGAUGAAGCAAGACAACUGCUAAACAGUGCUCAUGAAUCAUUCCUUGUCCCACCUUUGAUAGAAGCUCUAAGCAGAACAACUACAGAUAAUGUAGAAGUUAAAGAUGGAUAUUAUGGUGGUGCUUCCCAUGGUGGUCAGACAUCUCAAUUGCUUCAGUUUUUGCUCAGUAGAAGUCCAAAUAUUUUUAAAGGAGUUAUUUCAACAGCGCCUAAUAUCACUGCCGAGCAUCAUCCUAGUACAUCGCAAUGGAUACAGAGACAGUGUACAGCAAGUUCACUCCAUCCCCAACAACAACCAUUUGCUUCUGUUACAAUUCCUUCUUGUCCUCCUCAUCCAAAUUCUCCACAGUUUGCAACUCAAGGAUACCAGAUGGACCAAUCACAAGGCAAUCGACAUAUUCAUAAUAAACAAAUCUCAGUAUCACAACAACCCAAAACACCUCUUGGUAAUUAUCCUCAAUAUGUUCCCACUGUGGCAUCAAAUGAUAAAUACUUGGGACAGCAGCAUGCAUCAAUAGUUCACAAUGCUGUUUCUCAAGGUCCAACGCCAUCUCCUCAUACACCUACGAGUUUACAAGAAAAUCAACAAUUUUAUGAAUCAACAAUAGUGAAUAAAUACAAUACAUCACCUGCAUCUGCAUCUCACACUUUCAGUAAUGGUAACUGUGGAGAAAAUACAGCCAUAUUGUCUCCUGCAAAACUAACUGAUAGGACAGAAAAUCAUUUGCCUGAAAAUCAACAGACUAUUACAAAUACUGAUCUUGUGUACUCUAGUUUUGUAGGAACACGAUCAACAUCUAAAUUGACUUGUUCAUCCACAGCUACAACGCAACAAAUACAUACAUCCCAAGGUGUUAUUUCACCUACACAUCAAGCAAAUAAUAAAAGUUUUGAGCAGCACUUGCCUAGCACAUCAUCAGUUACAUUUGAAACUAGUAGUAAUUCAUCAUUACAAUCUCCUUCACAAAAAUCUCUGAUAAAUAAUAAAGAAAGAGAUUCUAAUGAUUCUACUUGUAAUAUUUCUGAUUUAUUAUGUGAUAAUAGAAGUAAGGAUAACAUGCUUGUAAAUGAUGAGAAUCAAUUAAAUCAAGAAGAACUGAGGAAAAGUGCAACUACAGGAAGAAGAAAAUCUUCUGAACCAGUUGUUAUUCUUGAUAAGUUAAGCAUUGAAGAUCAAGUUCUAGCACAAAAAAGUGUAAAGGAAUUCACAAAGAAAGUAGUUGGUGUAGAAGAAACUCGAAAAUCUCCAAAAUCAAAGAAUUGUGAAUCUUCGGCCAAGGAAUGUUCAAGGCGGAAAUCAUCCUCUGAAGAUGUGGAAUCUGAAAAAUUAGAAAAAGGUUUUCUGUCACCCAAGAAAAAGAGUAAAGAAAAUCUUAGUUCCUCAAAAGAUUUUGUUCAGCAUAAAGAUAAAACUGUUAAAAAACAAUGUGAUACUACUAGUUUUGAUGUUGAUUACAAACAAAAACCAUCAGAAAGUACUUCAACCUCCUUGGGUGAGAGAGUGAAGAAAAGAAGACGAUCAAGCCAACUUGCAAAUUAUGCUGAAUCUCCUGUUGCAGAGGUUGCUAGUGAUCCAUCUUCAGAUGAAACACCUAUAUCAAACAUUAAAAUGAAGAAAACAAAGAUUAAAAAGAUCAAAAAAGAGAAAAUUGAACAACUAUCAACAGAAGAUUUAAUGGAUACAAAUACUUAUCAGCAUUUUUCUAGGACUGUUGAAGCAAUUUUUGAUUCAAUGGAAGAAUUAGAUUUUUCUGCAGAUAUUGAUGAAGAUUCUGAAUGUCCAGCUGAAGCAUUAAUUCCCUUAUUUCAACUACAAGAACUGUGUAAUGAAGCUGCAAAAUUAAAAAUGUUACAAGCUAUGAACCAAUUUCCUCCAGAACGAUUAGUUAGACUUUUAAGUAUAUUGGAAAGAAAUGUUUUAGAUGGAGCUAAAAUUCUUCCUAUACAAAGUACAGAUGAACGAGAUGAAGAAGAAGCAAAACUUUGGUUAGAACUUACUAUGGAGAGAGUGAUGAGGAGUGCAGAUUCUUCACUAACUGCUCUCUAUAUUAUGACUUCACCCAAUAUGCCAGAAAAAGUGUUUUUAGAAGAUGUUAUAGAAAGAAUUGUUUUGUUUCUUAAAUUUCAGCUUCAAAAUACUGUAUAUCCUGUAUUUGAUCCAGCAUACCGAAUUGAUCCUAAAUCAAAAGAUGGUUAUGUUGGAAAUAUUAAACAAAAGCGAGCACAUGCACAUAAGGUUAAAGAAAAAUCAAUAAUUCAGUUAUAUAACAAACUGCAUGAAGCGGUUGGUUUACUUGCUGAACUUCUUGAAGUUCAAACACUAACAGAUACCAUAAUUCUACAAGUAUCAACUCUUGGUGUUGGCCCAUUUUUUGUUGAAGGUGUAAAUGAAUUACAAUUAAAUGUUUUGAGAUUGGUAACAACUGUAUUUGCAAAAUAUGACAAACAUAGACAACUUAUACUUGAAGAUAUUUUAGCUUCAAUUGCUAGACUUCCUACAAGUAAACGGAGUUUAAGAAAUUACAGAUUAAAUUCUGAAGAACAUAUACAAAUGCUUACAGCCCUUGUUCUUCAACUGAUUCAUAGUGUGGUUAGAUUACCUGAACCAGAAAAUAAUAUGAAACAAAAUCCUUAUUUAAUUAAUGAUGAUGAUGACAGAGGUAUGGAUGUAAAAGAUAUGCCAACUAUGGAUAAAGAUGUAAUGAUAAUUACUUCUUAUGAAGCAGCAGUUAGAACAGCAAUCAAUUUUCUUUCGGUCUUUUUGAAGAAGUGUGGAACAAAAAAUGAAGAAAUGGAUUAUCGCCCAUUAUUUGAGAACUUUGUUCAAGAUCUUUUGAGCACAGUCAAUAAACCAGAGUGGCCAGCUUCUGAAUUACUUUUAAGUCUUUUAGGCAGAUUAUUGGUUCAGAACUUUAGCAACAAAUCUCUUGAUAUGACUCUUAGAGUUGCAUCUCUUGAUUAUCUUGGUGUUGUUGCUGCUCGAUUAAGAAAAGAUGCUGUUUCGAGUCAACUGAGAAAAGAAACUAUUAAUGAAGUCAUUAAACAGAUUUUAGGUGAAACUGCAGAUAGUGACAUUUUACAGUGCAAAAGUAAAAAGUCUAAACAUAAGCAAAAAUCACUCAAAAAAGAUGAUACUCAAAUACUUCAAAAAGUUUUGCUUCGAUAUCUUGAUGCAAACGUUCACAGUGAUCCCGCAUUACAGUUUGCUAGAAAAUUUUAUAUAGCACAAUGGUAUCGUGAUGCUGCAGCAGAAAUUAGAUCAGAUAAGAUGAAUAAAGAAAAAACUGAUGAAAACGAGCAACAAGUGCAACCUAAUAAUUCUAAGCCAAUCAAAGGGGUCAAAUUGUCUCGGCAUAAACGAAGAUCUUCUCAGGUCAAUUGUGAAGUUGAUGUUGAUGAAGAAGAAAAUGAAACAGAGAAAGAUGAUGCAAAACUUGAAAUUGAAGGUGAAGAAAGUAAUAUUAAAUUGCUUGCCUUAGCUGAAGAGAGGAAGAGAUUUCUUCUUUCUGUGAUUAAACUUGAACAUUUAAAACAAUCAUAUAUAAACCAAAUUAAACAUAUUGAUUAUAAUACAGCAGAAUUAAUUUCAAGCUUUCUUGCAUCAAAGAGGCCAUUUUCACAAAGUUUUGAUAUUUAUUUAUCUCAAAUUUUAAGAGUCCUUAAUGAAACAGCUGUUGCUGUACGUACUAAAGCAAUGAAAUGUUUAACUUUGGUUGUAGAGGCUGAUCCUAGUAUUUUGGCAAGACCUGAUAUGCAAAGAGGUGUUCAUGGUAGAUUGUUAGAUCAGUCAACAAGUGUUCGAGAAGCAGCUGUAGAUUUGGUAGGCAAAUUCAUUCUGAUCCGUCCAGAGCUUACCAGUCAGUAUUAUGAAAUGCUAACUGAUAGAAUUUUAGAUACAGGUGUAAGUGUUAGAAAACGGGUGAUCAAGAUACUCAAAGAUGUAUGUUUAGAACAACCAGAUUUUCCAAAAAUUCCAGAAAUUUGUGUAAAAAUAAUACGGAGAGUGAAUGAUGAAGAUGGAAUUAAAAAGUUAGUAGGAGAAGUCUUUCAAAGUAUGUGGUUCACUCCUGCUUCUGACAGAGAACCUAAAAGGAUUCUUCAAAAAGUAAAAAAUAUUACACAUGUAGUAGCUGCUUGUAAAGAUACUGGAUUAGAAUGGUUCGAACAGUUGCUUACAAAUUUAUUAAAAAAUAAAGAUGACAGUAGUUACAAAGGAGUAAUAAAGUCUUGCACACAAAUUGUCGAUUGCUUAGUUGAAAAUGUUCUUCAAUUAGAAGAAUCUACACAAGAAAUAGAAGGUUCUGGAGCCAGCCAAAAUUUAGUUGCUUGUUUAACAACAUUGUAUCUAUUUUGCAAAAUCCACCCAUAUUUAGUUGUUCCCCAUGUUAAUACCAUCCAACCAUAUCUAAGUAUGACAUGUAAUAAACAAGCAGAUUAUCAUGUCUUGUUAAAUGUUGCCAAAACAUUAGAACUUAUUGUGCCAUUGAUUGAACAUCCCAGUGAAUCAUUUUUGGCACAAAUUGAAGAAGAUAUGGUAAAACUUAUUCUUAGACAUGGAAUGUUUAUACUACCUAGUUGCGUUAGUUGUUUAGGAGCGGUAGUAAAUAGAGUAACCCAUAAUUAUCAACUUGUUUGUGAUUGUUUUCAAAAAUUCUUUGUUGUUUUACUUGGUUUUAAAAAGGAGCAUGAGAAUAAUCCUAAUAAUCCAUUGUUGAUUGAACAACGACCUAAAUUAUUAAGAUCAUUAUUUACUGUGGGUCUUUUCUGCAGACAUUUUGAUUUCACAUCUGUUGAACCAGUCAGUGAAAUUAGUGGACAAGAACCAUUAAAAAAUAGAGUAUUUGAAGUAAUUUUAUACUUUACUAAACAUGAAUGUGAAGACAUACGUCAUAAAGCUCUUACAGGACUUGGAUUCAUGAUGAUAAGGCACUAUGAAUUUAUGCUCGGAAAAGAAGUAAAAGAACUUUAUUACUAUCUGUUGUGUGAUUCAGAAGUAUCAGCUGGACUAAAAUGUCAAGUUUUAAAGAAUCUUUCAGUUUAUUUAUUAGAAGAAGAAGCUAGAAUGAUACAGAAAGAUGCUGAAUGGAGUAAAGUUUCAAAAUCUGAAGAUUUAAAAGAAAUGGGGGAUGUUUCAUCUGGAAUGGCUAGCACUGUUAUUCAAGUCUACUUAAAACAGAUAUUAGAAUCAGUGUUGCAUACAUCAGUGAAUGUAAGAAGAAUUGCAUUACAAGUUAUACAUCUUAUUUUAGGCCAAGGAUUGGUCCAUCCAGUGCAAAUAGUUCCCUAUCUGAUCUGCAUGGGAUCUGAUGAUGAUCAAAUUUUGAGAACAAAGGCAGAUCAGCUUUUGCAAGAAAUUGAAAAGAAAUAUCCAGGAUUUGUUCAAAUGAAGGCUCUAUCAGGUGUUCGAAUGUCAUACAAAAUGCAACAACUAAUUCAUAGUGAUAGUGUUGAGCUUAUUCGAGGCUUUCGUAGUGUCGACAAUACUGUAAGCAGAAAUGGAUUUUUAUAUUCCGUUAUAAGAGGAACUCGACAAAAUCGAAGAGCUUUUGUGCUUUCACUUUUAAAAUUAUUUGAUGAACAAGCAAGGACUCCAUUAUCAGAAUUAUUGUACAUUGGAGAUAAUAUUGUUUAUUUUCCUUUCCAAGUACAGGAUGAACCUCUAUUUAUCAUACAUCAGAUCGAUGUUAUGUUAUCGGUAUCGGGUUCAAAUCUCCUUCAAUCUUUCAGAGAAGCUUUAAUUCCUGUAAAUAUAAAUUCUGGAAAUAAUCCUGCAGAGGAAGAUGAUGAUGACGAUGAUUUUGAUUCUUUGUAUCAACGUCUUCCAGGAAAUACAUCUGUUUUACAAGAAUGCAUGAGUGCUUCACAAGCUUGUCUUUUAUUGUUAUUUAUAAAACAAACUUUAAAAGAAAUGUAUGGAUUUACUGACAAUAAAAUACAACAGUAUUCACCAAAUGAAUCUGUUAAAGUAUAUGAAAAAGCUAUGAAUCGUAAAGUAGGAGUGAAAUUUAAACCCAUAUCUGUGAUUAAUUUUGUGAAAGGUGAAGAUCAUACAGGUAUGUUGGAUGAAGCAGGUAAAAGGAAACUAAUACAACAGUAUCUAAAUUUCAAACAAUUGAUGUUAACAAUUGAUCCAGCAGAUGAUGAUGACGAUGAACAAACUAAUCGCAGAUCAUCUGCUAAUGCAUCAAAGUUAUUAGUGUCAGUUUUACAUGCAGACGAUGAGGAAGAUAACUCAGUUGUUAAUACAGUUUCUUUUCGAACUCCUGAUAAAGGAUCAUCAAGAAAUCGAUCACCUGGCAGUAGUCGCCAUUCGAGGUCCAAAAUAAGUCGGAGUAGUGUCACAAAAGAAAAGAAGAAGAAAGAAAAAUUUCGGAAGAAACGAAAGAGAAUUAUUGACUCUGAUAACUCUGGUGAUGACACAGAUAGUGAUCCUGAUUACAUGGAAGUUACGUGAAAAUGCAUCUGUGGUGCUUGAAUAGUGAGUGACCAACUCUUCCCUCCAUGGACAAGGAUGGCAUCAAACUGAGUGUUGAUGCCAGGUUCCAACACGCAUGCCGAUUCCUGGCACGUAACUUAUGGACUGUAUCAGCCUUGAAGCCAAGACAAGUACUGUCAUAAAAUGUAAUGACUUAUGUAAGCUUUUAUUUCUGAGACUUUUAUGUCACUUGAAUUUUAAAGCCUACAUUUUGAAUAACCAUCAAGUAGAAGGUGUGGGUAUGAAAAAAAUGUUGAUGUAAUUUAUUUAUUGAUGCCUCAUUUAUGAUAAUACAACAUAUAAGAAAAGUGUUCUCCAGGGUCUUUAAGAGUGGUGUGAUGAUUGUAUGUAUAGUCCAUUGAAUAGUAGGGCAGCAUUUGUUUUCAGCAGAAUAUAUACAUAGCCUGUCAUGCAACAUUCUCAUUUAAUCCCUUUUGUAUGUAAAAGAAGCCCUCCUGAUAUACUGUUGUUUGCAUUGUACAAAUCUUCUCUGCCCAAUAACAGGAGAAACCUCCAGCCCAGAAAAAUAUUCUUUACAUGCAUCAUAAAAAUCCAUCUCAGUGUCUGCUGUAUGCCAGUCAAUCAUAAUUCACCCUUGUUUUGUACUCUACAGAUUUGGUAUAUGGAUUUUCCAUAUACAGUCCCAGAAUUUGGCCAUGUAAAACUACUUGGCUUUCAAGAAUAAAGGUUAACAUUGUAAUCUGUUUACCUGAUGGUCUGUACUUUUAUUUUCCCUAUUUUCAUUUAAAAUUUCUGUCCAUAAUUUAUUUCACAAUGGGAUGUACAAAUUUUGAUUAUUUUAAUGUUAAAAAAUUGUAUAACCCAGUUAGAGUAGAUAUUUUGAGAUUUGAAUUUAUUUUCAUUAUUUAAUAAUUCACAGCAUGAAAGUUAUCUGUUUUUUAAAUUAUAUAAUU